AUGUCCGACGACGGGAAACUCAAAUACUUUCUUGGCAUAAAGGUUGACUACAAUGGCGAUGGCAUGCUCCUAUCACAGACAGCUUACGCAAAAGACAUUCUAAUUCGUGCCUCAAUGCAAGAAUGCAACCCUGUAAGUACUCCAGUCGAUCUCAAAUCAAAGCUAUCUCAAGACAGUGGCGACAAAGUUGAUGAUCCAACACUCUAUCGGAGUCUCGCCGGCGCGCUCCAAUACCUCACUCUAACACGUCCAGACAUCCAGUACGCGGUGCAACAACUCUGUCUCUUCAUGCAUGACCCACGGGCCUCUCACCUCAAUGCCUUAAAAAGGGUAUUACGCUACCUAAAAGGCACCAUUACAGACGGCUUACAGCUCUACAAAUCCAGCACAACCACCCUCACUGCCUACACAGAUGCAGAUUGGGCUGGGUGUCCCGACACUCGACGUUCCACCUCCGGUUACUGCAUUUUCUUGGGCAGCAACCUAGUAUCUUGGUCAUCAAAACGACAAGACACAGUUUCACGAUCUAGUGCCGAAGCUGAAUACAAAGGAGUUGCAAAUGUCGUAGCUGAAACCUGCUGGAUAAGGAACCUUCUUCUCGAACUCAAAUUUCCUAUUUCCACAGCCACAUUGGUGUAUUGCGACAACAUAAGCGCAGUUUAUCUCUCCACCAACCCGGUAAAGCACCAACGAACAAAACAUGUAGAAAUAGAUAUACAUUUUGUUCGUGAGAAGGUCGCAAUGGGUCAGGUCCGAGUUCUACAUGUUCCAUCCUCUUCUCAGUUCGCGGAUAUCUUCACUAAAGGUCUUCCAACGUCUCUCUUCAACGAAUUCAAAACCAGUCUUUCCGUUAGAAGGCCCAACGAUAAGACUGAGGGAGGGUGA